UUUUCCAGAAUGUUAACUGAAGCCACGUCGUUGGAAUUUGAAAGCUUUCUAACAGAAAAAACUGUAAUAUUACCUUUUCUUUUUCUUUCUCCAAUUUUCUCUCUUUUCCCCAAAAAACUGGAAAUUACAUCAAAUUUUCAAAACCCUGUUUUACAUUUCCCCCAAAACGAUUAAAUUCUCGUUCAUUUUCGAUAUUUUUUCAUAACACAUUGAUUUAUUUUUAUUUUUUUCACCUAUUUCAUUUUCCCUCCAAAAUUAAUUCCGCUUCUUAAAGAAAAUCUUGUCAAUCACAUUAGAUAAAUUCUUGGUUUUUGGGAGAUCCAGGAUUUGAAUUGUUGUUUGUUUAUGAAAAUUUGAUCAUUUUCUCAACUUGGGUUGUUAAGAAUUUGUAUUAAUUUUUCCAAUUUUUAUCAUUCACCCUGAUUUGCCUUCAAAAUUGUGCUUUGCAUUUGGGGUUGAUAUUUUUCUGCAACUUUAUCAAAUUUGGUUUGUUUUAUAGGGUUUAUAUUUCUGGAUCAUCGAUAUCGUUUUAGGGAAAUGCAAUGUCACCAUUGAUUUUGGUUCUUGACAUCAUCUUGAUAUGAAAAACCCUGAACCCAAUUGGGUGAUCAUAAGACAAAUAGGCAUUGGUUAUUGAGCGGCGAGGUGGGAGAAGGGGUUGUGUUUAGUAUGAGAUGGGGAACAACUGCAUUUCAAAGCUUAUUCAGGUUGGGUUUUGGUGCAAGCCACCAAAUCAGACAAUUGGAGAUGGUGCAAACGGCGAUAUCAAAGGAAAAGAUAGGUCAAUAGAUGUGCAAUUUAAGCCACCUGAGGUAGUGAAGAUUGACAGUAAAUUAGGCAGACAAGAGAGCCGGUUGAAUAGACAAGAGAGUCGAGUAGGGAGGCAGGAGAGUCGAGUAAAUAAGCAAGAGAGCCAUGUAGGGAGGCAAGAAAGCCGGUUAGGAAGGCAGGAGAGCAGCAGGAUGGGGAGGCAGGAGAGCAGGAUGGGAAGACAAGAGAGUAAAAUAGUAAGGCAAGAGAGUCGAAAGAGAAAUGUUAAUGGAGGAGACCAGGAAAAGACCAAGAAGCGGCCAGUAAAUGUGAAAAGGGUGGCUAGUGCAGGGCUGCAAGUGCACUCGGUUUUAAGAAGAAAGACUGGAAAUCUGAAGGAAUUUUACUCUUUAGGGAAAAAACUUGGACAUGGGCAGUUUGGUACUACCUUCCUUUGUGUGGAGAAAGCCACUGGGAAAGAAUAUGCUUGCAAAUCAAUCGCGAAAAGAAAGCUGAUUAACAAGGAAGACGUGGAUGAUGUGAGAAGAGAAAUCCAGAUUAUGCAUCACUUGAAGGGGCAUCCUAAUGUGAUCACUAUUAAUGAUGCCUAUGAAGACGGCGUGGCUAUUCAUGUUGUCAUGGAGCUUUGUUCUGGAGGUGAACUUUUCGAUAGAAUUGUCAAGAGGGGGCAUUACACAGAAAGGAAGGCAGCUAAUCUUGCUAGGAUCAUAGUUAGUGUUGUUGAAGCCUGCCACUCAUUAGGAGUCAUGCAUCGUGAUCUUAAGCCUGAGAAUUUUCUUUUCGUGGAUGAGAAGGAGGAAUCACCUCUCAAAACUAUAGACUUCGGAUUGUCAAUAUUUUUCAAGCCAGGGGAUGUCUUCAACGAUGUGGUAGGGAGUCCAUAUUAUGUAGCACCUGAGGUAUUGCGCAAACGUUAUGGUCCUGAGGCUGAUGUUUGGAGUGCUGGAGUGAUCCUUUACAUUCUCCUAAGUGGAGUGCCUCCUUUCUGGGCAGAAACUGAGGAGGAAAUAUUUGAAGAAGUCCUGCAUGGUGAUCUUGAUUUUAUUUCUGAUCCAUGGCCUAAUAUCUCGGAUGGUGCAAAAGACUUGGUUCGCAGAAUGCUUGUAAGGGACCCUAAGAAAAGAUUAACUGCACAUGAAGUUUUAUGCCACCCCUGGAUUAUGGCUGAUGGAUUGGCUCCUGACAAACCUCUUGAUCACUCAGUCAUUUCGCGAUUGACACAGUUCUGUGCCAUGAAUAAACUUAAGAAAAUGGCCCUUAGAGUUAUAGCUGAGAGGCUUUCAGAAGAAGAGAUAGCAGGACUCAAGGAGAUGUUUAAGAUGAUAGACACUGAUAACAGCGGGCAGAUUACUUUUGAAGAGCUUAAGAAUGGGCUGAAAAGAUUUGGAGCUAACCUCGAAGAGUCUGAGAUUCAUUAUCUAAUGCAAUCUGCAGAUGUUGAUAACAGUGGGACUAUUGACUAUGGAGAAUUUAUCGCGGCUAUGUUGCAUCUCCACAGAGUUGACAAAGAAGACCAUCUAUGUGCAGCUUUUGCCUACUUUGACAAAGAUGGAAGUGGAUACAUUACAAAAGAUGAACUACAACAAGCAUGUCAGGAUUUUGGCAUGGACGUUGUUCAUGUUGAAGAAAUCAUCAAUGAAGCAGACCAAGAUAAAGAUGGUCGUAUAGAUUAUAAUGAGUUUGUUGCGAUGAUGCAAAGAGGAAAUGUUGAUAUUGGUAGAAGACACAAACAUUCAAGUUCUACAAUACAGUGCAGCUUGUUAUCGUUCCUAGAAGGUGUACGUGCUGGAUAUCCUGAUGAUGGUAACAUGAUCAUGUUCUUGUGCUCAUGUGUCUAA